AUUACUAAGCAUGUAAAGUGCGGGGUUGCUGUUCACGACACGCCAUUCACGUGCUGUUUACCAUUUUUCUUUUUCCCUUCCACGCCUGUUCACUUUGCUCAAUUCGCAUGGAGGACUCAGUUUCUCAAUUGGCAUACAUAGAGAUCUGACAAUGUCCUAUGAGCCCCAGCCCCCGUCGCUACUCUAUCCAAAUGCUGCCGCCGCCGAAGAGGCACUCAAGGAUUUUGCCCUGCAGAAUGGCUUCGACCUGAUCAUUGCGGAGCGGUACCCACGCGGCUCCGGCGACAACUGCACCCGCCUCACCUUUCGCUGCGUCCGGGGCCGCGCAGCAAAACAAAAACCAGCAAACACUGCCGCCACCGGCGGCGGCGCUUCUUCGUCCCCCUCCGGCGCUCGCGGUUCAGCCGCAGGCAAUAAUGCCGCCACCGCAACCGACAGCGGCGGGGACGACGACGACGACGAAGGGGGCGGCGGCGGCACGCCGGCGAAAAAACGCCGGCGGGCCCGGUCCCAGAUGACGGGCUGCCCGUACCGCAUCAACAUCAAGAUGCAAAAGUACGAGGGCAUGGGGUGGCGCAUCGACCGCGUCCAGCACCGCGGCAGCGGCGGGCCCGGUCUGCUCCAGGGCCACAACCACGACCUGUGCCUGCCGACGGCCUUCUCCACGUUCCGGCACCGGAACCUGCGGCGCCACGAGGCCCGCAUCUUGGAGCUCUACCGCCAGGGGCGGAAGCCGAGGGAGAUCCUGGCGCAGAUCGAAAAGGACAUUGAGGAGCGGCGCGCCGUGGGACAGCACGGGGAGGGGAACGGCGGUGGUGGGGGUGGAGUCGAGAUGGAUUACCACGGGCAGGGGGUUGGGUUCUCGUACCAGGAUAUGCAGAAUAUGUUGCAGAGGAAGAAGAGGGAUGGGUUGUUGGAGGGUCCUGGGGAGGGUCCUGAGCAUGGCGCCGGGGAUGCUACCGGCAAUGCUACCGGCAAUGAUACCGGCAAUGCUACCGGCAAUGCUACCGGCAAUGCUACCGGCAAUGCUACCGGCAAUGCUACCGGCAAUGCUACCGGCAAUGCUACUGGCAAUCCUAAUGGCAAUCCUAAUGGCAAUCCUACUGGGGAUGCUACUGGGGAUUCUACGGGGAACGGUACUGGCGAUGCUACUGGGAACGGUACUGGGGAUGCUCCCGAGGAUGCUCCUGGAGAUGUUGCUGCGGAUGUUGCUGCGGAAGCUGCGGCUGUGGUGGGUUCUGGGGACACAGAGAAGAAUGAUGCGAACGGUGUUGCGGGUGACACAGUCAAGGAAUGUCAGGGUCAGGUCCCGGCGCCAAAUUCUAGUGGAGUCGAAAGUAGUCCAAAAACUCCAGCUGUACAAUCUUCGUAGCCAUGCAUCAUUCGGCACAUUACGUUGUAUCAAAGCUUGACGGGGUUCACAGAUUAACUAAAAAUAGAGCGAUAAACAAUGUUUAUCAUUAGAAACAUGAAACAAAGCGGCGA